UAGGGAAUUAGUAGCUUCUCUACAGUUGGGGGCGGUACAGUUUGACUUUGGCGAGUAUUAGCUAAUACACUACUGCGCAACCUCUACAGGCUUCCGAUGGUGGUCCUUAUGACAAACAAGUGUAUUCUCGCUAACCAUACCAUGCCACGCCACUCAGAAGGCAUGAACAGCUCUCAUGGAGAUCCGUGUGUUACCGAAUAUGAGCCAUCGGUGUGAUGGAGUUUAAUUCUUCAGAAUCAGCCUUCCAGUACACCUGAAGGUAGGCCUAGGGUGAUUAUUGGGGUAACCAGAACUACACUGGUCACCGUAGUGAUUAUACUUGUUCGUUAAGUAUUUGUAAUCAGAAAUACGGUAGCUAACUAACGUCAGCUACGUCAUGAGGUUGUUUUGGUGAGGAAAAAAGAAAAAUAUCAGCUAUUCUGACAACGUUAGUUUCUUAACUAGCUAACAUAGGAUAUAAUGGGUAACACGUGGACCAUAACAGCCCGCCUUUCAUAACCUUUUCAAAACUAAGUUGACGUUCUGUAUAAUUCUAGUUAGCAGGUACUAUAGUGGUGUUUUUUGUGACUUGUUUUUGUUUCUGAAACGUCAAGCGAAGUAACAUUAGCAGCUUGCUAACCUAUGUUAGCAAACUAAACGUACGCUAAGUACACUAGUGUGUACGAUUGAACAAACGUGUCAGCUUAUGUGUCAGAGUUUUUUGACAAAUGCUCUGGAUGUCGAAGCUAUAUGAAAAGAAUCGACCACUCUUCCCAUUCAUAACGUAUUUUAUUAGCCUUGAGGGAGUUGAAUGAACUGGCUAGCAUGCUAACUAUUUGGCUAACUAACAUUACAUCUCAUGAGGUUAAAGUGUCAAAUGCUUGUCAUUUUACUGCUCAACCCCAUGUUCAAAUAGUUGCAAAUCACCUUUUUUGCUGACCUAGCGAUAGCUGCAGUAAACUGUUUUGAGGUAUGGAAAACAGAUUGCACUCAUUUCCCCCGAUAAGAACUGAGAGUUCUUUGAUAUAACGUUCCAUAUAAUAUGAACUAGACGUAUGGUUGGUAUUGGGCCUUGCCAGUAGGUUCCAAAUGUACCGUCAGACCCAUGCACAUGCAAUCUUCCACAUACAUGAAACAGGUUGACAUCAAUUAUGUGAGCUCGGGUGGUCAUAUAGACAACAAAAAAAGCCCACUUGGUUGCACCAAAAUCAGCAACCAUUGCAGCUCCCCGCAUUGAAGAGUCAUGGGGAGGAAAAUGUGACCUGCGUGCCCCUGUGCACUUGCCCGUAGACUGACGCUAGGGAAAGAGGUUGACUAGCCAGUUACAUCCCUCGUGUCUGAACUAUUGAAAGCAAACCAAAUAUAAAAUAUUUAGACUUAUAUGUAAAAUAUAAGACCUGAGGUUUUGAGGUGAAAGAUAAAAGUAUGUAAGUAUAUAAUGUAGGUCUACUUGCUCCGUGCACUUGAUUGUUUAUUUAAGUUGUACUUAUUAGCGUAGUAGGUGAUUGUGAUGUUAAACAAUACUCAGCAGUACUUCUGCUUAACUAACGUAAUCUUACCCUUAUGGGUAGAUAGCCUGGGGCCUUCUUAACGUUAACUGAUUGUCAGUACCGUGGCUUGUUUGUUGUCAUUAUAUGAACGCUCCCAAUUUGGAAGUGGGACGAAAUGGGAACUUUCCCAGUUUCCAGCUGCCUGAACGUACAAUAGUUAUGGGCACACUGCUCGUGUCAACUUUGACCUUCAUGGCCAUGUUCAGUGUUUUUUUGUUUUUUGUUUGAGCAUGUCGUGCAGCAUGUUAAUCUGUUACAAAUGAUCCAAAGGGGCUUGCUACUGCAGCCUUCACUUGUUGAGUGAGGGCGAGGGGCAGAAUCAUCCCCACCCACUGAGUUGCACGGAGUAGAUAAGCUAUCGGAGUGUCAUAGUGCAGUAUUUAUCCUACCGAAGGCAACCCCCCAUUCCUGAUGUGUCCUUCAGUUGUCACAGUUUUGCUUGAGAAAGUAAAAUAAAUGGUUCAGUCUUUUCUCCCAGAGGAGUCUGUUAAAGAGUUAUUUGAGGGGGAAAUGGAAGUACCUCCUCAUCUGGUGGUAUGAAUAGCUAAGUGUUUUUGUUAUAUGGGGGGGAAAUGUAUCUAGAGUUUUGCAUAUUAUGCCAUAAUGGAAAGACUAGUGUAGAAAUGUCAUAGCCUCAAUGAACAAUAACAGAACAACAACACUUGCUUCAAGAGGACAGAGCUCUCCAGUUCCAGUGGUGACGUGUACAUUUGAGGUUGCCGUGAUGGGGGAGCGGCCUGAUGUCAGUCCCCAAGCGGGGAUUACCCCUGUGCAGCAGAUGCUAGCCUCAGGCACAGGGGCCCUCUUAACAUCCCUGUUUGUAACUCCCCUGGAUGUUGUCAAGAUCAGACUACAGGCCCAACAGACUCCUUUCCACCAAGCCUUGGCAUCUGACACUGUUUCCUGGACCAGGGUUAUCCGACCCUCAAAGUGGAAGUGCUUCCUGUAUUGUAAUGGACUCAUGGACCACGUUUACGUCUGUCAGAAUGGCACAGGCUGUUCCAGCUGGUACAAAACCCCAACCCACUUCAGUGGGACAUUGGACGCCUUUGUGAAGAUCACACGGCACGAGGGCGUCAGGUCUCUCUGGAGUGGCCUUCCGCCUACACUGGUAAUGGCUGUACCUGCCACCAUCAUAUACUUCACCUGCUACGACCAGCUGAGGGACUUCCUGCGCUAUGGCAUGGGUUACCAAGGCAACCAUGUGCCCCUCAUCGCAGGAGGCUUGGCCAGAUUGGGUGCCGUGACUGUGAUCAGUCCGCUGGAGCUGAUCCGCACUAAGAUGCAGUCUCGCCGGCUGUCCUACAGGGAGCUGCGGGUGUGCAUCCGCUCGUCGGUGGCCCAGGACGGCUGGCUGUCCCUCUGGAGAGGCUGGGGGCCCACUGUCCUCAGGGACGUGCCUUUCUCAGCCCUGUACUGGUUCAACUAUGAGCUGGUGAAAGGCCACCUGUCUGACAACUACAGAGUCCCUCAUUCACCCUUUGCCAUCAGCUUUACUUCCGGGGCCAUCUCAGGAGCUAUUGCUGCAGUGAUGACCCUGCCCUUUGACGUGGUGAAGACCAGAAGGCAGAUUGAGCUGGGGGAGAUGGAGACGCGGACAGCCUCCUUGAAGAAGGCGUCCUCCACAUGGCACAUCAUGAAGACUAUCUGUGCAGAGUCCGGGUAUAAGGGGUUAUUCGCUGGCUUUCUUCCGCGGGUCAUCAAAGUAGCCCCAGCCUGCGCAGUUAUGAUCAGUUCUUAUGAGUUUGGCAAAGCCUUCUUCCAGAAGCACAAUCUGGCCUGUGAGCAGCAGGGGAUCUAAGCGGCGAAUCUGAGGUGUGAAGGAAGCCCUCUUGCCUCAACCCGAACGAUGCGGUCAAAGCAUCAGCCUCCACCUGCAUGGCGACGUGAAGAGUGCAUACUGAGGCCGAUGGUGUGAGGGAAGGGAGGGGCUUGUCCUCAGCUGUCCUCGGCUUGUUGCCAUGGAAACCUCGCUUUGUACUCUUUAAAACUUUGCCUGUUGGAAUGUUGCUUUUCCCAAAAAUAUGUGACAAUGCUGAAUGAUUUGCUGUGAUGCCGUUUGGCUAAAGCCCUCUGAGCUACUCUGAGACACUCAUGAGAAACUGACCAGUUCAACAAUACCCCAGCAGUGCCAGAUUAUUCCUGCCUUGUGGGCUGACUUUGCAAAACGUUUUGUUGCCUUAUCGUCUGGAAUAAAAUCAAAGCAACCUGCAAAGGCCAACGCCUGUAUAAAGCGUGGGAAUGAUCUGUACUGACUUCCUAUAAUUACUUGUUUAUGCCUGUUGAAGGAGCCUCCAUUCAUCAACAGUGGAUGUGUCUACCUCUGCAAGUUAUCCAUCCUCUGUUAAGAGACAGCACCCCCUGCUGGAUGUUCUAAUAAAUACACCCCAGGAGGAUGUCGCAUUUUCCCCAGAAAUGCAUAUGAAUGGCCUGGGCACCAAGUAGAGGAGGACUUAUUUCGUACAAAAUAUCAAUAUGGACUACUGUUCAAACUGUGAUACAUUUCCAUGCCAAUGGGUUGCCAGCUGUUGGUAUUAUUAGUUGUGUAAUUAAAGGACACUCUAGUAAGUGUUGUGAUUUUUUUUCUUCAGAUUAAAAACUAUUUUCCCUUGAGUGUGAAACGGAAGUCCACAUUCCUCUUUAUUUUCAGAUUUAGAUCUCUGGUCUGUUUGUUUCAAAAAUGUGUUUCAAACAUCCAAUUGAAUUUGAAAAUGUAAUAUUGUUUAAAUACUCAAAUAAAAUAUGUGAUGACUCUCA